AUGCAUUUCUUCAGUGUCUGAGGUGAGUAAAACAGCUACGGAGCAGAGAGCAGACAGAGGCAGAGGGACAGAAACCAAUAAGCUGAGCAAUCCUACAGGACGACGAGCCUGACUCCUGAAAUUAUCAUUGUCGGUGCAAGGAUGGCUGGAGUGUGGCAACGUAUGUUGGCAAUGAUGCUGUUGAUGUGUGUAUGUCUGUGGGGCUCCAGCGAGGCUGUAGGGGGGGCUAAGAGUCGACCGCGACCUCAAAGACGACCUCCCAAGAAGCCAAAGGUUGAACCUAUUGAUGUGACCCCACCAGCACAGAACAUAGACAUACAGCGGAUGACAGGAAUAUGGUACCUGCUAAACACGGCCUCCAAAUGCUCAUACCUGAUGAAUCACGGAACCAAAGUGGAGGCUACAGUCAUGACCCUCACAUAUUCAUCUGCCUCCAACCAAACACUGUCUGUUAGCACUAAAACACGACAUAAUCACCAGUGUUGGGAGAUACUGCAGGUCUACGAUCUAACCCCAACCCCAGGAAAACUAACACUUAAAGGACCUCGUCCAGAACUGAACACUGAGAUAGUGAUCGGGGAGACAGACUAUACCUCAUAUGCAGUCUUGUACUAUCAGAAAAAGGGCAAGAUAACCUUGAAACUCUAUGGCAGGUCUGUAGACAAUCUGUCAGAGCCAAUGUUGACCAAGUUUGAGCAACUUGCUGCAAAACAGGAUUUGGGACUGGCAUACCUCUUCCCUUUCCCCACAUACAGUCACUGUGGAAAUGUGGACCAGGAUCACAUCAUCAACUGUGUCCCCACAUGCUGAAGAAUCAGAACUGAGCGACCGACAGCCUCCGGCCUUGCAGCGUUCAGCAGCUCUCACGCCAGGACACGACUACUGUUUCAUUUAAAAAUGUGAAUAUCAGUAAGAAUGUUGUUCAAAGACUACACUGGGAUCUUAAAGUGCAAAACUGUCAACUGUGAAUGUUACCGGUUACAGAUGAAUAAAACAAAAUGGAGUAAAAAGAA